GUUUGACAGUAUUUCCUACUAGCGAUCUCGCCAUCAUGCCUGAGCCUGAAGACCUCGGUUUUAGCGGUCUUUUCCAAGACCCAGAAGGCUUCUACGAGCCGGAAAAACAACCCACCUUUGCGGAGCACCAUAUGCUCUCCGGCCAGACUCUCCGCGUACGGCUCGUUGGUAGCCAUCCACUCUACGGAGAUCUAUUAUGGAACGCCGGCCGCAUAAGCUCCCUCUACAUCGAAGAGAAAGCCCGUGAUCUCGUCGAAGGGAAAGAUGUUUUGGAGAUCGGAGCUGCAGCUGGGGUUCCUAGUAUAGUAAGCGCGAUCAAGGGAGCUCGCACCGUGAUCAUGACGGACUAUCCUGACCUGGACCUGGUUCAAAACAUGCGCGAAAACGCUUCGUCUGCGGCAUCUAUGAUUCCUGCGCAAACUUCUCUUCACGUUGAAGGCUACAAAUGGGGGGCCCCGGUAGAACCUCUCUUUGCCUAUCUUCCGUCAGGAGCAACAGGUUUUGACCUGCUCAUCAUGGCGGAUGUCAUCUACAGUCACCGCGAGCAUGAAAACCUGAUCAAAACUAUGCAACAAACAUUGAAAAAGUCGCCUGAUGCUGUCGCUCUUGUUGUCUUUACUCCCUAUCAGCCUUGGCUCCUACCCAAAAUCGCAAAUUUCUUUCCUCUGGCAGAAGAGAGUGGUUUCCAGGUGACUAAAGUCUUCGAACAAAUGGUCGACAAGGUUCUAUUUGAGAAUGACCCAGGUGAUGAAACGCUCAGACGGACAGCCUUUGGUUAUGAGAUUGGGUGGGCCAAGGAGCAAUUAUAGGAAGCCGGGAGUAGGAAAAUAAAACUAGAUUGUGGAAGCGCAUAGGACUGCUCCUUGUUUGUCUAUAUUUUGGCGGUUGGGAACGGUUCUCCAAGCCGAGAAUUCUAGUUUUACGAUGUUAUGCCCAAAAAAUGUUUAUAUGUAUAUGUGUCCAAAAAAUAGAACUUCUAAUGUUAUUCAAUAAACUUUCCGUGUCUC